UUUAUUAUAUAGUUUUCAGCUUGGAUGUGUCUUUGAGCUGUAUGGCAGUGCACAGCGGACUGAGCGUGGUGAAGGACGUACUUUCGGAGUGAGAGAUACGGCUUCAUAUAGUCCUUUCCACGAGGAAGAGGAAGGUUGCACUACCACAGGAGCAGACGACAAGCAGUGUUGAGUUCUUCCUCUUCGCGCGGCGAGCACUGGGCAGUUAGAGAGCUACACAGCUCGCCUACAGGAAAACAUUCGCUCUAUCUAUCCCGAAACUGCAAUUACUUAUUUCUUGUGUGCUGGGCCACACAGAAAUUACAUUCCCCGUAUAUGAAUUAUUUAGCAAGCGCAAGCAGGUCUCGCUUUUAACAGUGGCUGGCGGUCGAGAGGCGAAGUUGGAUUCAAGACGGUAGAUGAGAGAGUGGUUCUGACUCCCGUACAACCGCCGCCCAUUCCCACAGAAGCAACGGUGCCAGCUGAUUAGGACGUCAGGCUCUCGUGUGCUAUACGUGUCUGUAUUCCCUGACAGGACGGAUAACGGCUGGUGGAAGGGUGCUGUAAGUUCCCGCUAACCUUGGAAGUGGGUGCUAAACUGAAAGAGAGCCGGUAAGAGCGGGGUGAGUUGCUACCCGUACUGACAUCAAGGUGUCUGUGUGUGCUGGCUGCCGGGUGUGGUGGUAGAGGCAGCUGGUGACGACGACAUCGACGGUCGGGUGGUGUAGUCGCUCGUCAUGAACGCCGAGGUGACGGCGUGGACACUGACUGUGUUGGUGAUGCUGCUGGGUGGUUCGGAUACGGCGCGAGACAGUGUUUCAACGAGCUCGGACGGAAUGGACUACCUCAUUAAAUAUGGAUACCUCGUGCCCCAAGAUCCCAAGACGGGAGCAUUACGGACAGAGGCCUCGUUCAAGGACGCCAUUCGACAGUUCCAGAAAAUGGCUGGCCUCAAUGUCACAGGUGUGAUGGACAAGGUGACAAAGGAUACAAUGAGCCUGCCUCGCUGUGGAAACAGAGACAAACAUGUACUGAGUCAAGGUGCAAGAAGGAAGCGCUAUACAUUACAAGGAAGCAAGUGGGCGAAGACGGACUUGACGUACAGAAUCACCAUGUUCAGCCGGGAACUGUCCAGGCCGCAGACUAUAAUGGAAGUUGACAGAGCAUUAAAGGUAUGGAGCAGAGUGACGCCGUUACGAUUUACAAGACGAGAUCAUGGCCCUGCUGAUAUAGAAGUCAAAUUUGUCAGUCGUUCCCAUGGUGACGGUAAUCCUUUUGAUGGGCGGGGCAGAACACUCGCGCAUGCGUUCUUCCCCCAAUAUGGCGGCGACGCCCAUUUUGAUCUGGAUGAGCCGUGGACUAUCUCAGUGCCAGAUGGCAUAAACCUAUUCCAGGUGGCAGCACAUGAGUUUGGUCACUCGCUUGGCCUUGCGCACUCUGACGUCAGUUCCGCUUUGAUGGCCCCUUUCUAUCGGGGCUUCCAGAGAUCAUUUAGCCUGGAUCCAGAUGAUGUGGCUGCAAUACAGGAGUUGUACGGUCCCCGUAACGACGUGAAACCCAUCCCCGAACGACCACGCCCCACCGAGGGACCAAAGAUCACCAUUCCCAGUAUAUGUCGAGACCCUUCCGUCGACGCCAUAACACAGAACGCGGACGGCUUUACGUACGUUUUUAAAGGUCGGUACUACUACCGGUUGAACGGGAAGGGGAUCGAACCCGGUUUCCCCAGGGAAAUCUCCUGGGACUGGGUGGAGGUGACCGGGCCGAUAGAUGCCGCUCUACACUGGAAUAAUGGCUAUACCUUUCUCUUCAAGGGGGAAACUUACUGGAAGUUCCACAAUUUCCGCCUCAUUUACAGGAGGAAAAUCACGGAGGGAUUCCGCGGCGUACCCGAUCACAUCGACGCCGCCUUCGUCUGGAGCGGCAACAGCAAGACAUAUUUCGUUAAAGGUGACAAGUACUGGCGUUACUCGGCCAACCGGGUGGAUUCCACUUACCCAAAACCGAUGUCUGUGUGGCGGGGAAUACCUCCUGGAGUAGAAGCAGCGUUCCAGUGGAAGAAUAGUCGCACUUACUUCUUCACUGGAAGGAAAUACUAUCGUUUCCAUGACAGUAAUUUUAGGGCGGACGACGGUUACCCCAGAGACGUUGGCAGCUGGUGGCUAGGGUGCCCGGAUGCUGCGCAGAUGGAGCAGUUUGGUCAGCUCGGCAACGACAUCAAUGCGCUCAGAGGAAGGAACACAGAGGAUUCUGGGAAUCUCCGGAACGAGGCUGACGCGAAAGGUGAAGGUUUUUUGUCUGUGCCUGAUCCGCCGAACGGGGUGAACAGCGCUACUGUGAUAGGACUCAACAGCCUUGGAAGUCUUCUCGUGUGUUUGUGUGUGUUUCUUCAAAGCCGGUGCAGUUGAUGACGUCACGGACACGGGUAUAGGCUGUAAGUAAACGUAAACAACAGUGAACUUGUAAAUCAUUCCACGGACGAGAGUGCACGUCAUCUUGGAGGAAGUUCCGUCACAGGCAUCACGUGACAUGGUCACGUGACCUGCUGAAAGCACAAGCUAUGGUGUUGGAAACAGUGACUGCUUUAGUAAAAGUGUUUUUACAAUUACUACUCACAAGUCUUUGGCAUUUUGCAUACCAUCCACCAAGAGAAAAAUCCGGGCUCGAACCUAGCUCUCGGGCUACUGGGCAAGUUUUAGGUUCGAACCCUGAAAUCAUUGAUCUCGCUACGAUCUCCGUCAUUUGAAAUACACCUUCACUUACGGUCACGUGGAUGUUGCUGUCACUCUGUAAAUAUCAUGGACUAGGUCAAUCAUCACGUGAUGUCACAGUAGUCUUUCAUGAAACUUCACUUUUGCUAUACACUGUGGAGAACUGUGGACCGUAGCAUGGUCGUCACAUGGCCGUGAAGCACAGUACCUUGGACGCGCAUGACUGAAUGACAUCACUUCCUCUGAUAUACAGGUGGUGCGGUAUCAAAGAGACUUUGACUCAAAGAGAACGGUUCUAUAACUGUAUGCCACGAUCUACAGAUAACAUGGACACACAAAUACUCACAUACAGCUAUGCCAAACUACCGUGGGCAUCUGUGGCCAAACACGUACAUGGAAGCCUUGUACCGCCAGAGACGGCGGUUCGUGUCAUCUUGACGAAAGAACGAUCUGUAUUGCUAUUUGAAGUGAUGCCUUUGUUGGGACAAUCUUGUCGAAAAAACUAUCUGUACCACCAAAUGAAGUGACGUUUUGUUGCAUCUCGACGAAGGAACUAUGUGCCCGGCUACAAGAAGUGACGUCUUGGAUGGAGCCACCUUUACGGAGGAAUGAUCCCUACCGCUAUAUGACGUCAUGUUGGAGCCACCUUGACGGAAGAACGAUCCCUACCGCUAUAUGACGUCUUUGUGACGUCUUUGUUGGAGCCGUCUUGAAUGAUAAGAGAACGACCGGACCACUUAUAGACUGACGUCAUAUUGGAGCCAUCUUGACGACGUUACGUUGAAAACGUGUGCGGUACAAUAUUUGUUCCGAGUACAUGAAUAAUUUUCCGUGAUGCUAUUAACGCGGACAUGAGCGCAUUUGGACGACAUUUAAUGCCACUGACGAAAGACUGUUGUGUAUAGACUUGCAUGUACAUUUUCAUCUUUGAUAUAUUUUACAUUUUGUUUAGCUAUAUAUUAAAUCAUCUUGUUAUUACAAAA